AUGGAUAUAACUCUAGAGGAAGGUUCAACAAGACGUUUGCCAAGCCUUGUGCAGCACUGCCAGCGAGUCGCAGCAACAUACGUUGAUAGCAUCUGCAGCUUUGACGGGAGCAUACGCUAUGGUCUCAUCAAACCGAUAUUAGAAAGUUGUUCUCCAGAAACUCUCCUAAGAUUGGAGGAUGAGAGCCCGCAUCUCAGGGAGGAUACCGAAGAAAUUUGGAAGCAGUUAUGCCAUCGCUCCUAUCCUGUCGCUGCUGAACAGUAUCAAUCUGAUCCUAGUGAAGAGCCACAGUCAUGGCGGCAUGUAUAUUUUGCCCUUCGUGGAAUGGAAACGAAGCGUUUCGAAGAAUUAGGGACACGUUUGCGAGCUAUUCGCAAAGAAGAAGCGGAACGGAAGAAGGGAUCGCAAAUCAAGAUCACGGACCGGCUGCCUCCCGCUAAGCGAGUGCGCUCAUGGGGCACCUAUCAACCGAAGACUCUUAUACAAAAGACACGAUGGGAGGCAGCACGUAUGCAGAAGGGCAUAUACAGCUCGCCCAUGUUUCCAGCACCUAAGAAUUACCGCUCGUCUACAUCCGCGUCUGGCAGCAUUCCGUUGUGUUCACCGGCAACCUCAAGAUCCUCCAAGGCUUCGAUCUCAACUCCAUCAUCGUCAGAUUGCGGAUCUGACCAGCAACCAGGCAGUCGUGUCACUGUUACCAGUGUGACAGUGCGCCGACGCCCUUCGGCAAUGACUGUGGAAUCGUCACUUCGGCCCACCACGAACACGAUAUCGACCUCUCCGACUGUUGUCGACUGCACUGCACAUGACAACACACUCACUCCUGUGACAUCAUCGCCUCGCGGUGACUCCCGUCCGGCACUGGUAAAGUCAAACAUGAAGAAAGACCCGCUUUCAUCACUGUUCAUGCCUAAGCAUCGAGCUCUUUCGCAACUGCCUAGUCAGGCCCCGUCGUCGCGUAGCGUUACACAGACUUGA